CACAUGACGAGGUGGCCACCUGACCCACGAGAAAGGCUAAUGGCGGAUCCGCUUAGUGUUGUUUCCGGGCUUUUGGCCAUCGUCACUGCUACAAUACAGUCAAGCAAGAUGCUUUACCAGACUGUCAAGAGUCUUAGGGACCACCCUCGCUCUGUUCGGCAGCUGAGAGAUGAGCUCGACGCUCUUGGUGGUGUCCUCCAGUCCCUGGAGGCUUCUGCCGGACACGAACCUUCUAUCCUCGUUCCGCUGAAGCUUCCACUCGAGCAGUGUACCAAGGCAUGCGUGGAUUUCCAGGCGCUAAUAGUCAGAUGCACUAGACAUUCUGAGGGGCAGGGAAACAUGAGCUUCAGAGACUGGGCAAAGCUCAGAUACAUGGACAAUGACAUUAAUGGCUUCACGGCUAUGCUGGCUGGGUAUAAAUCUACCAUUGCCAUCGCCUUGGCGGAUGCAAACCUGCGUUCGAGCACGGUGACCCUUCAAGUCCUAAAUGAAUACAAAGAUAUGAUUCGAGAUACGAAGCAAGACCUCGAGAACCGCCUCGAGGAGAUCACGAUCUGA